GCAGAAACACUCCAGAGUAUUCCUCAAAAUUUUCAGCAAAAGGACAUUCGACUUCCAUUAUUCAGGUAAAAAUGACUUCUUCACACGAUGCACAAGGAUUCCGGGGUAACCAAGGUGAAGACGAGGACGUAGACGUGAUAUCCGUGGAGCCUAUCACCAUGAUAGUGCCGCCGGAGUUGCAGGAUUCGCCUAGGACCGCCACGCCUGAGAAUAGCACUAGUUCGAGCACAAGUAGCGGUUCUGAGAACCACCAGCCUUCAACUUCUAGUGAUUCGCCUGUGGAAGGGACAUCCAGCGAAGUAAGGGGUGUUGAAGAGGUUGGGUGCAGUGUGCCGCUGGCGAGUACGGCAGUUGAGGUGGUUUUGUUUGAACGGUGGGAGAACCAGGUUCUCAGCGGGCGACUAGACAACCUGCGUAAAGCUCCUAAAACGCUACCGUCCGGCUUCAAAUUCAGGGCGGUGCUUCAUCACGAGGUCGCUGAUGGUGCGGCCACGGUGAAAGGGUACAAGAAGUUGGAAGAGAUGGUGAGGCGAUUCCAGAUCCCCAGGACCAUCCUGAUCCGAGCUGGGAUGCCAAAUGAACGAGCGUGUUCAGUGUCACGGACAGGCUGGGUGCCAGUAUAUGUAGACCACUUUGACGCCGGUCUACGUUUUCCUCUUUCCGGACUAAUUUUUGAUGUCCUGGCAGAGUACGAACUGGCCCUUUCGCAACUUACUCCUAACAGCAUAAAGUUCAUCAUAGGCUUUAUGCUGUUGUGCGAAAGGCUAGGGGUGCCUGCAAAGGCUAGGGGUGCCUGCAAAGGCGGUGGUCUUCAGGUCGCUCUUCCUAUGCCGUUUGUGUCCGUCCACCAGCGGGACGAGAUGUUCGUGUUUGUGCGGGAUACGCGAACUGACAGGAUGAACAACGAGCUCGCCGCCCGUCUGUCAGAGUGGCGCACGCUGAACGCAUAUAUGAAUUAUCCUCAGCUGACCAGUGGCGACGUCAACCUGAAGAAUCGGCUGCUCGACUAUGUGAAGGCGAGGGGGCUAGUGGAUUUGGAAACCUUGGUUACCCCGGAGCAGAUCGCAGUUCUCGGAUUUGUCGAUGUGGUAAAUCUACACUCUCAAGCAUCCUUGAGCGUCAACGACAGAGAGUGCAAGGCUCCAGGAAUCGGGGAGCCGAGUCGGGUUCCCAACGCCAGUCUCGUUUUGACGAGCAGCCACCUGCUGCACCGGGGCGCAGUUCACAGCACCGGGGCGCAGUUCACAGCACCGGAGUUCCAGCUCGCGCAGAGGCCGCGCGUCGAGCAGAGAGUGGAGCCCGCGCCCUCCAGUUCUAGAAGGCGCGCAAGGGAGGACUCUGACGCCGAGGACGACAUUCCGCUCAUCCGGCGAAGGACGAGCAAUGACUCUCAGCCCGCUCCAGCCGCUGCUGCGCGAUCUGCCGGCGGGCACCGAGCUCCAGCUCACGAGGUUGCUGAAGCCGUACCAACCUUGUCGUCUGUUGUGGGGCCAAGGUUCGCAUACCCAGACGGCUUCAGUUAUGCCCGGACUGAGUGCCAGGCCGCUAUGCUGCAGGGUAUGCAGAAUUUUGUGCCCCCUGCAGACCGGCUGCGUGCAAAGGGGCACAUUCAACAGCAUGGAGGACAUGCUGCGCUAAUAAACUACACUAUUGCACUUUUCGAGUGCGAGCAGGGAGCCAGGGCGCAGAACAGCGAGCUGCAACACAACUGCAAACAGCUGGCAUCUGAGAAGGCCAGCUUGGCCGACGAGGUCAGCCGCUUGCAGAGCUCGGAGAUGGCCAACCGAGCGGCGUCAGCUGAAAGCCGGGCUGACGAGCUGGCUCGCAAAGUCGCUGAGCUGAGGGAGGAACUGGACCGAGCACGGGCGGAGAAGGAGAGCGGCAUUCAAGCUGCAAAGGACGAGGCCGGCCGUGCAGAGGACCGGGCCAGAAAGGCAGAAGCUGAGAAAGAGAGAACUCUCCACGAGCUCAGCGGCCUGAGGGAGAGGGUUUCUCUGGCGAAUCAACACGUCGCCGAGGCUGAGGCGUCCUUGGAGAGGAGUAAAAGACUUCACCAGCGCGACGUCUGCUUUGCCCGUGCACAGGGGGCUGAGUGGCUGGUGGGGGCAGAGAUGUUCCAAGACGCCGUAGCUGUUGCUGCAGCCAACACCACCACUGACAUCUUUAAUGAAGUUCGUGGUAGGGUGUUGGGAGUCCGGGCAGACUUCCCCAUUGGCGAACUGGCCUUCUUCGAGGGCGAGGAGAUUGAUGCUGACCGGAAGAGCCUCGCCCAACCUGCGGACACUAGGGUGAAGCUGAAGUGGGAGCUCAACGACGAGGGGCUGCCCGUGUGGCCCCCUUCUGUUGUUGAGGAGGGAGAGGAUACGGAGGGGUUGCCAAGCUUCGACGCUUGGGUGGCAGACCCCCAUGACGUACCUGCUGAGCCUUCCAGCACUCCCCCCUCUGCUCCAACUCAGCCCGCCUCGGACGCUGCUCCAAUUCCAACUGCUCCCUCUCCAGUUCCGUCUCCUGCUCACUCUUCGCCAGAUCGGUCAUCUCCAGCUCGAUCUGCUGCUGCGCCAAAUGACGCAUCCACCCCCGUCGACCUGACGGAUGAGUAGCUUAGGACCUUUGUUCUUUUUGUAUCUCUUUUUUGUGUUAAUCAAUGAAUUCGUUUACU